AUGGGUCGUAUAGUUAUCGAUGGUAUAGAUAUCAGUCAAUUAGGUCUACACGAGCUGAGGUCGCGGUUGACUAUUAUACCACAAGAACCGGUACUGUUUUCGGGAACUAUUCGCUCAAAUUUGGAUCCGUUUGAGAAACACACGUCUAUCCUUAUCCUCGAUGAGGCCACGGCUGCCGUCGCUGUCGAGACCGAUGCACUCAUUCAGCAAACUAUUAGACAAGAGUUUAAGUCGUGUACUGUCUUAACGAUUGCCCACCGAAUCAAUACAAUCCUUGAUUACGAUCGGGUGUUAGUCCUAAGCGACGGACGGGUAGCCGAGUUUGACUCACCCGACAAACUGCUUGACGACAGGACAACCAUUUUCUAUUAA